AUGUCUGCCCAAGCGUUAGGACCGUCGUCAACGUCCUCGUCUACUACCUCCUCCGAGUCUCCAGAGGUCCCCGAAAGACGCCGUUGUUGGGAGUGUCUCCGACGCCGUUUAGUCUGCGAUGCGACCAAGCCCGUGUGCAACAAAUGCCGGGCUUCCGGUAUUGUAUGUCCGGGGUAUGACGACAAAAAACCACUCACUUGGCUCGCCCCUGGCAAGGUAACUUGUCGCACAAGGCGCAAGAAUCGUGCUCUGGAGACCGAGGGCACUAACGACGAUAAUGUUAAGAAGCCAGUAAAGGAAAAGAAAAGGGAGAGGCGGGUGGUGGUGAUUGAGAAGGGGAAAGACAUUCAUAACGGUGUAGAAUGCCUGUUUCACACACCUCUCCGAACUGACGUCUGUGAUGUGUACGACGCCGUCCAGUACUAUAACGCUGUCUUCUACCCACACACCAGCUCCGGCCACAAGCCAGAUGCAUCCAACGUCUUUGUGGACCAAAUUCCUCUAAAAAUCGUUCGGUUCCUACCAACAGCAAUUGCUCACAACCUGGUGUCGAUCGUUUUCCAACACCGAAUGUGCGUCCAGACGCAAUGGAAAAUCGACUGUCCUUCGGCUAAACACGCGCAAGCGCGUUUGCAUCAUCAUCGCGGAAUCGCUAUUCGAGCUUUGAACGACGACAUUGCCAAUGAAAGAACACAGAGCAAUGACAUUGUCCUCACAGGCGUCAUCCUACUUCUUCACUCGGAGAUUCAAUCAUGCAUCUCGCCCAACUGGAGACACCACGUUAACGGCCUUUUGGCUAUGCUUUCAUGUCGUGGAGGUGCUGUGGGAUGGGCAAGAGAGGUUCCCCCGCUAAAGGGGAUCCUCCUAUCAUUUUUAAUAUGUGCGGUCUUCGCCAACACGACCAGUCCCCCCCACGACCAUGUGAGAAUAGCGUCCCACGAAGACCUGUUAAAUUUGACAAUGGAUUUGUAUCCACUCGGUCUACAUCCUAAUAUCCCGUGUCCGAUGCCACUUUUCAUGGAAAUCAUACGAAUCAAUCACAUUCGAGACGAGGUUUCCAACGGAUUUAUGGACCACGAGACGGCAAGAAUCAUGGCCGAGGAGAUCUUGGACCGAAUCGAAGCCUUUGACGUCAACGGUUGCGACGGGUUCUACGAGGAUCAGAACUACAAUGAGCUGAUAGGCCUCCUGUUUCAGUCCGCAGUGGCCGUGUUCUGCAUUUCUUCCCUCCAGAGCCUGUUCAUACUGCCCUCUUCGAAACAAUUCGCAGUGCGCCGUUUGAUACACAGCGAUCGACUUUACCUUCUCUUGGAGGAGACGAAUAAAUCCACAAUCCUCCAAAAAUCAACGCAAUGGCCGCUUAUCGUCGCUGGAGUAGAGGCUGGAGCUAGGGUGGAUAAACGACAGCUGGUGGGGGAGUUGUUCUUGUACCAGAGCAAAGACGUCGGCACACCGCUGCCGAUGUAUGCUAAAGGCGUUUUGCGGGCAUUUUGGGACGGCGACAAGACGGAAUGGGAUGCUUGUUUUGAUCAGCCAUAUGCUUUUAUAUCAUAG